AUGUAUCGUUUAUUUAAAAUUUUGGUGUUGAUACCAUUGUGUUUGAGUGCACCAGCUGUGCGUGUUAUGGUAGUUACUGCCCCAGUCGAGGUAGUUACUGUCACGAAGGUUUAUACGGGAGUGGGAACACAGACAUCUGGGGGAAUGGCAAGCCCCACCAAGAGUUUAGCACCUAGUUUGGUUGAGACGUCUGUCUCGCCCAGUGCAAGUUCUCCACUGGUCACUGUCAACUCAUACUAUGACACCAUGGCUAAAGUUUGGCAACGGUUUUGGGUUUCGCAAGAUGGCAAGUGGAACGAUAAAGACUCGAUCUGUAAUGAUGGAUAUGCGUUACCUGUUUUGUGGACGAUGGCUGUGUUAGGGGAGGCAAUAAUUAAGACAGGCGAUGUUUCUGGUCUUGAAGUUACGUUAGACAGAGUAAUGGAUUACUAUGAUUCGAACACGAAAGCGUUUCUGGCGUCACCCAACGAGACUGCUGAGGUUUAUUCCGAUGACAAUGCCCAGCUUGCUUGGGUGUUUAUUGAUGCGUAUAAGAUGACGGGCAAGAAGAAGUAUUUGGGGUAUGCCCAGGACAUUAUAUCUUAUAUUCAGACUCAACAGGGUCCUAAUGGUGGGAUUAUUUGGAGGAAAGAUAAAAACUACAUUGCGUCGAUUUCAACUGCGGAGGCUGCUUUGGCUGCAGUCAGAUUAUACGAUAUAACCCAUGACCAAUCGUUGAUUGAUUUUGCAACUGAUUGUAUGGAGUUUAUGUUUAAGAAUUUGCAGGAUCCCAAGGAUAAGUUGUUUUACGAUGGGACAGAUAAGAAUGAUUUGAGCCAGAUCGAUAAGGGGAAGUUGACAUAUACUGUGGGGUGUUCAAUCAGCACUCUUGUGUAUUUGCACAAGUAUAGGGGGGACCCGGAUAUGUUGGAUAAGGCGCUGGAGUUGGCGCUGGCGGCAACGAACUCUGGUGGUGCUUUUUAUGACGGCAAUGGGCACUGGAAUAAUAAGUUAGAGUAUGUCCAUUUAUUGUUUGCUGGAUUUGCUGAUGCGUUUGAGUUGAGUGACCAGUUUGGGGAGUAUAAGGAUGAGGUGGUGAAGCAAGGGAAUUAUAUUUACGAGUACUUGCAAGAUCCUAAGGAUGAGGGGUUGUACUUUACUCUGAUUUCAAAGUCUACACGCUCUACGUUUGACCAGUAUAGUAAACUGUUUAGAGGUGGUUUUGAUGAGGACAAGUCGGUCUAUUGCAACGACGAUCCGUCGCAGCCUGGCAAGAAGAGCUUGUUAGUGAAUGCUAGUGCUGUACAGAUUUUGUAUUUUAUACCCAAGUAG